AUGCCCGACAGUACCAAACAACACGCCUGGGAGGGACUAUUCGGUGGCAUUGUGAUUCAUGGUCCGGCCAGUGCGAACUACGACGAGGACAAGGGUGUUAUAAUUAUGAACGAUCGGGAUGUCAACACUGUGGAUGAGCUGUUCACGACUGCCCAAAAAGAUGAUCAUCCCACACUUAACAACGCUUUAAUUAACGGAAUCAACGUAUUUGGAUCGGAUGGUGCGGCCAACCAAACUGGUACUUGCUUUAACACAUUUUUCACCGAGAAAACAUCCUACCGGCUUCGCCUGGUAAACGCUGCGUGCGACACUUACUUCAAGUUCUCUAUCGGAAAUCACACUUUGACAGUCAUCGCAAACGACCUUGUCUCAAUCACGCCCUACAAGACAAAUGUUCUCAACCUUGCGAUGGGACAACGAUACGACGUCAUCGUCAAGGCUAACAAGGCAUCGAUCGCGAAGAAAUCUGAAUGCGCGCCAUUCCUCAAACCGCAUGCUCCGAAAAUAAAUCACCCAAGAAUAUCAAGGGAAUCAUAUACUAUGGCGAUGAGCCUGCGAAUCCUACCACGAUUGGUCACAGUUAUACCGACAGCUGUUCCGACGAGGACAUGUCGGAUCUGUCUCUCGAUUGUCUCCGAAAGUGUUUCUUCGAGUCCCUAUUAUAACAGCUCUGAACCAGUCUCCCUUGGUAAAAAUGGGGGUGGCCUUUACCGAUGGAAACUCAAUUCAACCUCGAUGCACGUUGACUGGACAGACGCGACUCUGCUGGAGAACUCCCCCCACAGGAAUGUGUGGACCUAUGUUGUCAUUGAAACCACUCUGUCUAUGCCUCACCCAAUCCAUCUACACGGGCAUGACUUCGUCAUUUUGGCCCAAGGCACUGGACUAUACGGUGGCGAGAUUACUACACUCGCCAAGCCACCCAAGCGUGACAUCGCUAUGUUACCAGAAAAUGGCUACUUGGUUACUGCCUUCAAAACAGAUAACCAAGGAGCGUGGCUUCUGCAUUGCCAUAUCGGCUGGCACACCGAGGAAGGUUUUGCGAUCCAGUUUGUCGAGCGCUAUACUGAGAUUAAGCUAUAA